AAAGCGGGUGACAAAUGGACCGGGUGGAGCGGAUUGAUGCGGGUGAUGCUCCACUCGAUCCCAUUUCCAUCCCUAGUCAGACCUCGAUUGGGGGUAAGUCUCUUGGCUUCUUGGGGAUCGAACACGAAACCUAUGUUAAGCACUUGGUAUAAUGGUGUACACAGUACACAGACUACUAACUAGAGAAAGCAUCAAGAAUAGCGAGUGAGUCUAUGUGAUCAACAACCCCUUGCGCCCAGAAUCAGGUCAAAACCUAUGAACCAAGUUAACCAACCAACUUAUUUUGUCUUUUCAUGUUGACCAAUCCUAAGCAUGGUGCAUCACUCCUAACUCAAUGCAUUGCAACCAAAGACCUGAAGUUUGCCAGAAUCCUUCACUCACACUUCAUCAAAACAUCCCUCAUUUUCAACUCCUUCAUCUCAAACCGCCUUGUGGAGUUGUACUCCAAAUGCAACUUCAUUGAAAGUGCCCGGAAAGUUUUUGAUGAUCUCCCUGAAAAGAAUCGUCAUUCCUGGAACACAAUUGUUUCUGGGUAUUGUAAAAAUGGUCUUUUUCAUCAUGCAGACCAACUGCUUGAUAAAAUGCCUGAACCAGAUAUUGUAAGCUACAAUUCUGUUGUUUCUGGUUUAGCCCAUCAUGGGUUUUAUACAAAGUCUAUAUUUUUUGUCAAAACAAUGCAGAACAUGUAUAAUGAGUCCGGAUUGUUCUCGGAUGAGUAUACAAUUGUUAGUGCUGUUAGUAGCUGUGCCGUUUUGGGUGCAGUGAACUUGUUGCACCAACUUCACAGUGUAGCAGUUGUGCUUGGAUUAAAGAGUGAUGUUGUUUUAUGCAAUGCUUUAAUUGAUGCGUAUGGAAAAUGUGGCCAUCCUGACUUAUCUUACUCGGUAUUGACUCAAAUGCCUGAACGAGAUGUUGUGUCGUGGACCUCGAUGGUUUCUGCCUAUGCAAGGGCAUCUAGGAUGGAAGAUGCCUGCCUGAUUUUUAAGCAAAUGCCUGUGAGGAAUUCUGUAUCCUGGACUGCAUUGAUCACAGGGUUCUCUCAAAAUGGGAGAGGAAUUGAAGCUCUGUGUCUCUUUGAUCAGAUGCAGAAGAAUGGAGUUCCGCCUAGCGCCUUUACAUAUGUUGCUGUGUUAGGUGCUUGUGCAGAUUUAGCACUUACAGAGAAAGGGAAACAACUUCAUGGUCGAAUCAUCAGAUCAAACACCAGAAGAGUUUCUUUGAUGAAUUCGUUUGUCUAUAAUGCUUUGAUUGACAUGUAUUGCAAGUGUGGAAACAUGAGAUCAGCUAAGCUCGUGUUUGAGAGGAUGCCAGAAAACAAUGAUGUUUCUUGGAACUCCAUAAUAAAUGGGUUUGCACAUAAUGGACAUAAUGAAGAAUCACUUGAAAUGUUUGAAAGGAUGAUUAUAGCAGAAGUAAACCCUAAUGAAGUCACAUUUUCUGGAGUGUUAUCUGCUUGUUGCCACACAGGUCUAGUUGAGGAAGGCAUGAAAAUUCUCAACUUAAUGACAAAACAUGGUUUGAAGCCAAAACCAGAACACUAUGCAAUCAUGAUUGAUUUGCUUGGGAGGAAGAACAGACUUAACGAUGCAGUAGAGUUGAUUGAGAGAACUCCUGGUGUUUCUGAUCAUGUUGGAAUAUGGGGCGCUCUUUUAGGUGCUUGUCGGGUCCAUGGAAACUCAGAACUUGCUCGUAAAGCUGCAGAAAUGCUGUUUUUGUUGGAGCCAUGUAAUGCUGCUAGAUAUGUGAUGCUGUCAAAUAUUUAUGCAGCAGGUGAAAAAUGGGAUGAUUACCAUCAGGUAAGAAGGAUUAUGGGUGAGAAAGGUUUGAGAAAAGACGCGGGAUUAAGUUGGAUUGAAGUUAAGAAUAUUAGGCAUGAAUUUGUUGCCAAAGACGUGUCACAUAGUUGUCGAGAACAUAUAUAUGAAGUAAUCCAUGGAUUGGUGGAUCAAAUGAGUGAAGUGGGAUAUUCUUCUUGUGUUGAGAUAGGUUUAGAAGAUGAUGAAUAGUAAGAUUAUGACUCAGGUUUUCAUCUAACUUUAAAAAACUCAACAAGUACUACUUGUUUCUCAGAAGACCAUAGUCCAUAGGUAAUGUGGUUUUGUAGUUUCAUUGCUCAUUUUA